UCGCCGGGCAAGCCCAGCGGUUGCAGCUGCGGCGGAUCCCGAGGCUCUGCCCGUGGUGCACCCGGGCAGCCCAGGGCCGGCAGCCGCUCCGCAAAGUCGCGGAACAAGGGAGUCCGAGUGCCCGCAAAGUGAUAGGGCUCCGGGCUGGGUCUGGGUUGGAAGAGGCGUGCCUGCAGAGCCUGGAUCCCCAGCGCCCUUCGGCCUCGAGUACAGCGACCGGUUGACGGUGCAGCCGCCUGGGAAAGAGCAGUCAAAUUGCAGCCUACCCAAAGAAGCCUAGUUAACGCAGGCGAACCAGCGGCUCCCCGAAGCGUGCUUAGAGCGGUGCCGCAGAGUCCUCCCGGGCCAGCGGGCUAAGGCUUAGAGCCGGGCGCCGUCCCAGAGGCAGCGGGUUGCUCCGCGAGUGCUCUCCGGUGCAAAGAGGGGGCGUGCAAAGCUCCAACGGUCGGCCCGCUUAGAACCCGUGCCCGACCCGGGUGCCCCCUCCGUCCCACUCUGGGAGCAAUGCCCCCCGCCCCUCGUGCCCCCCGGGAACGACGUGAGCAUGGAGAAGUCGAGUAGUGAGGAUUCUUCGAUCCACCGGAGUCCAUCUUUGGACAGCAAGGACUCAGACUUUGCCAAGCCGUCCACCUCUGGCCGCCCGUUCGGCCGCGGCUUCACGGCUGGCGCCUUCUACGGCACCGCAGGUUCUCGGGGUCAGAGCCACACCGAGGCCGGCAUUAAGACUGACAAGUACAAUGCUCCCAAAGGCAGCAAGUACGUGGUGUUUUACCUGGACCUGUCCUUUGUGUUCCUCCUAGAAUUUAAGAAGUGCAACAUGGCCAGGGGCUGCCUCUGCUGCUUGAAGUACAUGAUGUUCCUCUUCAAUUUGAUAUUCUGGCUCUGUGGCUGCGGACUGCUUGGAGUGGGCAUCUGGCUCUCUGUGUCCCAAGGCAACUUUGCCACCUUCUCCCCCAGCUUCCCCUCGCUGUCUGCAGCCAACCUUGUCAUCGCCAUAGGCACCAUUGUCAUGGUAACAGGCUUCCUGGGCUGCCUUGGGGCCAUCAAGGAAAACAAGUGUUUGCUCCUCAGUUUUUUCAUCGUGCUGCUGAUCAUCCUCCUGGCAGAGCUGAUCCUGCUCAUCCUCUUCUUUGUCUACAUGGACAAGGUAAAUGAGAAUGCCAAGCAGGACCUGAAGGAAGGGCUUCUGCUGUACAACACUGAGAACAACGUGGGGCUCAAGAACGCCUGGAAUAUCAUCCAGGCCGAGAUGCGAUGUUGUGGAGUCACUGACUACACAGACUGGUAUCCAGUGCUGGGAGAGAACAUAGUUCCUGACCGCUGCUGCAUGGAGAACUCCCAGGGUUGUGGGCGCAACACCACCACCCCCUUGUGGAGAACGGGCUGCUAUGAGAAGGUGAAGCUGUGGUUCGAUGACAACAAGCACGUGCUGGGCACAGUGGGGAUGUGCAUCCUCAUCAUGCAGAUCCUGGGAAUGGCCUUCUCCAUGACUCUAUUCCAACACAUCCACCGGACGGGUAAAAAGUAUGACGCCUGAGCGUUUGGCAGCGCCUGGCCCCACCCGGACACUGUACGUGCGAGGGGAGAGGACCUGAGUCUGUGUCUCCUGUCUGCCCUCCGAUGGCCACCUGCCCCACGUGCCAGCCUGCUCUCCCCUACCCACUUCCUUGGCCUUGGACCUCUUGGAGGGCAGAGACCCAGAGAGGAGGCAUCAUGCAGAGACCUCAGGGCUUGGGCACCUGGACUCCUGCACCUGCAGAUUUGCCAAAGACACCAGGGUGGGCAGGGGAUCAAGGAGGAAGCCCCUGCGUUGAUGGGUUGCCGCCCCCGCCCUUCCUCUCACACUGACACUUGUCCCUGUGUGGGAUGGAGAGUCUGCCCCACCAAGGCCACAGCCGUCUGUGGCUGCCCAGCCAGAGAGACGGCCAGGGUGCAGCGUGGCGCCACCGGGUCAGGCUCCCUGGAGCACCCUGCCUGGGUUUUUAUACUAUAGUGUAACUUUUUUAUUUUACUCUGAUUACGAUUAUUCAGGAAUAUUAUCUCUCAGAUAAGUUUAGGGUUAGCUUCCUGAUUUAUAACUUUUUACUGUGUUGAUUUCCAUAAUGGUUUGAGUUUCCUUUUCCUGUGCGUGGGGAUGGGUAGGAGAAAGGACCCCAUCUGCUUUCAGUGAGGACACACCACUGUGCAACACUCAUGAGACUCUAAGGUGAGGAGGGCCAGGAUUUCCCCCCAAAACUCACCUGGAGGGAGAGGGUGCAGCCGUGCUAUGGGGCCCGUCCAGGCCUGGCGACCACAGAUAGGGCCAGAAGGGGCAGGUGUGAUGUAAAGCAUGGUGGGGCAUCCUACUCAGGGGUGACAGGGGUGGUACCUGAGCUGGGGAGGCCACGUCAGGGGGGGAUGCUCAGGACAGGGAGUAAUGAAAUGCUUUGCUGGGGGGGGCAGUCAGAACAGUUUGUGGCAGUUCCUUUCUCCUCCCUCAGUCCUCUGCUGACAUCCCUCCUGACCCCAUACAUCCUGCAUCCCAGAUGGUCACUCUCACACAUUCCUGCUAGAGUCCUUUGGUUCAGACCGCACUCUGCGCACCCUGUUCUGAACAGUGGAAGCAGACAUGUCCAGCUGCCCAGACUGAAACAGAGUCUCAGGACUGUCAGGAGGAGAGGAAGAGUUGGCAUCUCUGGCCACCCUGUUCUGAACAGUGGAAGCAGACAUGUCCAGCUGCCCAGACUGAAACAGAGUCUCAGGACUGUCAGGAGGAGAGGAAGAGUUGGCAUCUCUGGCCAGCCCCACCAGACUCACUCAGUUGCUGACUGCCCUGCUGAGGGGUAGGGGAAGGGCCACACGGGUCUCAGGACCCUCCCUCAUUAGGAUCCAUUGCUGUCCCCAUUGGGUGGCAGGCAUCGCAUCCCAUGUAAUCUCAAGGAGACAAGGUACAGAAAAUCUGAGAAGUCAGGCCCACAUUGCCACAGCAGGCCUGGGGAGAAGGCCCUCGAUCUGGAUGCCCCUUGCUGGGCAUAGGAGAUGGAGGCAGGGUGUACUCCCAGCAGCUCUGCCAGCACUGAUGCCCAGUGUGAACACAGUAAAGGCAAGACUGUGGGACUGGCCCGACAGCCAUCUGGAAUCCAGAGUCCACUCUCCAGGUGUCAUGUGGCAGCUGCUCUUCUCAAGCCAUUUGACUCCUUACCACUGUUUCCCACCGAGCCAGGUCUUCCGCCACUUAGCCAGACCGCUCAGCCAACUUAUAACUCCUCUGACUACCUUGAAUAACAGGCAAGGCAGGACCAGGGGUGUGGAACUUCCAGUGUGUUCAAGAUUGAAGUUUUGUGGGUGAGAGGAUAGUAGGAAGCUCUAAGCAAAUUGGACAGAGAGGCUGCUGGUUCCAGGAGAUGGAAUUGUGUUGUUAGGGGAAUAACAGAUACCUCUCUGGGAACCCCAAAAUACAGAGUUCAGGUAGACCCAUUAAACAACCAGGAAAAAAAAGUGGUACCUGCUACAUAAUGAGUUUGUGUGGGUGGAGUGGUGGGUUUGUUUAUACCUAUAAAUGGGAUUUCUAACUCCCGUUAUCAUCAACAGUACAUCUCCCAGUACACCGGAAAGCAUUUGGCCUCCCUGCCACCUCAUGUCUCUAGAGUGCUUCAGGGCGGUGCUGGUCUCCAGAGCUGCAGCCGACGUCCCCCACCCUCACCAGCUCACCUCAAUUGUCUGUCCAGCAGAGCCAGAUCACAUGUCCCAAACCGCCUUCUUGUUUUAGCUGUGUGUGUCUACAUAGGGCAGAGGGCUCCAUGCUCACAGGGUGGGUGUUCUGAACCCCUUGCUUGUCUCGGGGAAUGGCCCCCAUACAUGAAAUGGCCACAGCAAGUGAGGCCAGGGGAGGUUGCUCAGCUCUUCUCUGAUCCUCUUGGCUGUGAGCUCACUGAGGAUGAACCCGCCAUGAGAGCCUCCUCACCAGUGCUUCCCUUGAGCUGUUUCCUCCAGGUCCCACACCAGUAAUCUGCAGACCUGCCUCAGAAAGUUCUCUCGGUUUGUAGGUGACAUCACGGAAAUGCUUGACAAUAGCUGUGGCAUUACCACGGCCAACUGGUAGAGGGGCUCAGUGGGCAGAGUCUGGAAACUGCUCUCAGGUACCUGUUGGGUGUCAGGGUGCACGGCUCCUUGUGUCACUGUACUCUCUGAGCUGGAACAAUAUCAUCCUGUCCCCCCACCCCCACCUCCACCAUCCUGGGCCAGCACCUCGGCUCUCCCCUUGCACAUAUUCUGGCCUGACUUAGAAAUGAGUGGCCAAGCCUCCAUGAAGUGGCUCUUCAAGUGGAUGGAAUUGUGGUCCCCUCCUCUCUGGCUCCCUGCCCACCCACCGGUGGAGGUGCUAAUCAGCAGGGACAUGGCACAAGAUGGGGAGCUGGGUGCCAGGGGCUGGGGGUCUCUCCUUUGCCCCUCAGCCCCUUGGUCUGGUGACCCCUCUCAUGUUCCUGUUCUCUCAUUUCCCUUCCCUCCUCCGUGAUGGCGGCGUCCUGGCCUCUUCUCCCUCAGUGGGCAUCCUGAGGAGUCAGGCCUUUGGGCCUCCACUUGCCUUGCUGUCCCUGGGUGGCCAGAGAGCUGGGAGUGCACGCUGGUUGGUUUCGAAUGCACUUUCUGCUUGCAAUGCCUUGUCCGCAUUUCCUCCAUCCCAGGUCCUGCUUUAAUGAGUACCAUGUUUUUAGCAUGUUUUUAAAUAAAAACCGAUAAUGUGUCAAAAGCACAAACAGACUGUC